AUGGAGGCACAACGCGCAAAUAUCGAACCAGAUGCUGCACCAACUAAGGCAUCGUUUAAGAAGCAGAGGAGGAAGAUUUUCCAAAAGGGCUCUAAAGGCUCGGAAAACACAGUAGCACCCCCGCUUCCACCACGUGACCCUACAGCGACUGGACCGAAACCAACUCGGUUAUCUACCGUGGCUACAAAGCCUAAAGAUGAACCAAUGUUCUCGGACAUCCAUAUGAUGGGAUUUCCCGGCGUCGCACCUUACAGAAGAGCAAAUGAAUUCGCCAUUACAGCCGAGGGGUUUAUUCCCUUGUGCGAAAAAGAAUAUGACAUUAUAGCUGCAAACCAGCCAUAUUUUGCGAAAAGUGUUGCUAAGUCUGUUUGGGUGUAUUAUUGUGUUAUGAGCUUAUAUGCUCGCCUAAUUACUUUGAAGCAGGAGCGAGGAGACUCACCUUACGAAGAGGACACUUUUGCAGGUCAAAUACUAUCCGGAAAUCACAACUUACCGGCUCCGAUUGAUGCCUAUAUCAAGGCACUCGGCAAUGUGAUUGACACUUCAGCACUGAGGUAUCAACUACAUAUGCCAGUAAGGCCUAAUGAAACUGGCGAUUUUGGAAGAGUGGGUCGUUUUUCCCACUGGAAGUAUAUGAGUCUGCCAAGUCCCCGUAUAGUUUCGCAAAGAAUAUGCGAAGACUUAAGGAUCACCGCUUUACCCGGCAUACGAGAUUGGAACUUACCUGAGGACAUCCGUCCUGCAGAGAAAGGAGCAGGCCUACCAACAAGGAAUUGUCUUGGUUGGGCACGUGCCGCGACGUUAACAAAUGAUCAAGUCGAUUUUAUAGAAAGCACAGGUAUCAUGGAAGAUGUUUUCCCGAGUAAAUUCCGUUGCUUUAGAUACAACGUAGACUUAUUCGAAAAGAUUUCACUGGCUCUUACGAAAACGGAGGAGAAAAUUAAGAUCACUCCCCAAACCCGUAAGAACGCAGAAGGCGCCUUAGCGCUUGUCUGUUGGACAUCAAUUGAACCAACUGUUCAGGAAAACUCACCGAACGUAUUUUAUGCGGAGAGUCGAAACAAUCAGGUGAUAACAUCAUCUGAAAUUGACGCUCGACAGGUACUGGCAUCAUUGAUGUUGUCUUAUCGUGUCAGAAAAGAUCAGAUUGGAAAUUCGAGGCCAUACUGUAUAUACAGUUUUGGCAAUUAUGAGAAUGUUCCAGAUACAUGGCAUGAUACACGCAACACAGUGUUCAAUUAUGGACGUGCAGAUAGAUGGAACGUCACGGAAUACACUGCACCGUACACCGACAAGUAG